UGAGCAAUGCAUUAUCAUCAUCUGCAAUGAUGACUUUGAUAGAUGCUGAAAUUGAAAACAGAACAGAAAAAUGGUGACACCCCAAAAAGACUAACAUUUUCUUCCGUAGAAAUUUACAACACAAACACAAAAAAGCUCUGCGUAUGGGCCCACACACCUCUACCAUACACUGUCGCAACUCUCACGUAUUCUUCUUCCUCUUCUGCCAAACAAGGACAUCGACACCACCACCAACAACGUUGUAAAAGUUCUCCCUUUCACUUUCCCAAAAUCGCAUAAUAACCUUCUCUCUCUUCUUUCUGUCACUUUUUCUCAGUCUUUAAUGGCUGCCCGUAUAAAAAUUCCGCGUUAAACAAUUGUGGGUCGGUGGAAGUUAGCAUUUUUCUUAUCUUUUUGGUUGUCAAAAAGAUACCCACUGAGAAAAGUCUUGUUUUUUUUUUCUUCUUUGGGGUAAAACUAGCUAGCAGUUUCAACCCCAAACAUUGUUCUGUGAGAUUAGAUUGUAUCUUACCAAGGCAUUUUUUUUUCUUUAGUUUUAACUGGUGCUGAGGGAGAGUUUUGGUGAUGGAGAUUGGAUUCUGUUUUGUGGUGGAGUUUCAGUGAGAAUGCUGUGCAAGAGUUUGUAGAAUAGUGGAAGUUUUGGAACUCCAUGGCGACGUGUUUUUGUUGUUAACUGUGGCUUGGAUGCUUCUGCACUGUGGUGGUUCAGUGGCGAAAGAAGAUAAAUGCAGUGUUGAUUUUAUUCAUGAUUCUCUUAUGCAGCAAUUAUGGAGCUCUGCUUGAAUCAGUGAUUGUGGGAUUUGGAUUUGACAGUUCUGGGGCCAAGAUUUUGUGUCUUUGAAGCUUUUAUAUAUUAUCAAACUUACUUUUUCAAUACGUUUAAUCAUUCAACUUUCUUUUUCCUCUGUUGGAAGAAAGGGAGGAUUCACUGAAUAAGGGUGGCUAGGUGUCUCCAUUCCCUUUUCUUUUUCUUUUACGGGAAGUGUGGACUGGAAUUUUCAGCUUUUUUUCUGUAGAACCUGUUCUUCACUAUGAUCCGUGCAUGAAGAAAGAAGGCAUUGAUACCUUUCCCUCCAAAGAAAUCUUAUAUUGCUUUUGUGAGAUUCACUCAGUUGGGAAACUUGGAGGAGUGAGAGUCUAAAAGAACCUGAAUAUUAGGGUGUUUUGCGAGAGCCACGACUCUGAAUAACAUUAUCGACUUCAUGUUUUUGUCCAUCAAUCAGGUCACACAAGAUUAUAACUAUGAGGAGUUUUGUAUGAACAUAGGCAACAUAAGAUCAAGAUUGCGUUAUUAGCAUCCUGAGAAAAGGAAAAUAAGGAAAGAAGGAAGUCAACUGUGACAAUCGUUAUGGCAAAGAGGUCACAAAGAUUCCCUGUGAAUUAUGAGAAAGACCAGUCAGGAUGUAUGUGGGGUUUUAUUAGUAUAUUUGAUUUUCGUCAUGCUCGAUUUACUCGGAAGUUGAUAGCAGAUAAGAGGCACGGAAGCAAGCAUGCUUUUGGUGCGCCACUUACCAAGAACAAGUUUGAAGUGUUGAGCAAUUUGGGUGAAAACUAUGAAGGCAAUUUUGACAGGGGAGAGAGUAAGAGACUAACACUGACAACUGAUGCUGAAAAGCUUAGUGUGAAGAAACUUAUAGAAGAAGAAAUGAUCACUGACCAAGAUGAAAUAACGGAUCAAGAUAACGUGGAAGUGGAAUCAAAGCAAUCCAGAUUAGGGCGUGAUGAACCCCAGAAGACAGAUUCCAAAAGAAAGAAGAAAUCUCGCAAGAAAAACCGUGAUUUGAAAUCAGAUGCAACCUUGAAAUCAGAGUUUUCACAUAAGAAGCAUUCAAGGGAACAGUCAAAAGAUACUAUAGAUUUGGACAAAAUAAUGGAUGAUUUUUGUCAUGUUGAAGCUGCUUGUUCCAUGAUGUUUGACAAUGAUGGCAAAAUUGACGCGCAGUCAAACCAAAAGAAUGUUAUGUCUGAAAACCUUGCUAAUGCAAUCCAUGAAUUUGUGAAUCAGAUGAGAUUGAAUGGGAAAGAUCUGCAUGAAGAUGGACAAUUCCUUAGCUCACGUGAACUCAUGGAAGCACUUCAGGUUAUAAGUUCAGAUAAGCAAUUGUAUCUUAAACUUCUACAAGACCCAAAUUCGCACUUGCUGAAAUACAUUCAGGAGUUGGAAAAUGCUCAAGGGAGAGAUGGCAAAGAAUGCAGUUCACUUACUGCCUCCAACUGCUCUGAACUAGAACUUGUUAGUCUAAAACAAACUAGGGAGAAUACCAACCGUAAGCAUCUUAACUUUUUCAGGAAAAGGGGAAAGUCUCAAUCAAAAGAUCUGACAAAUGAAAAUGGGAAAACUGAGUUUUCAAAUAGAAUUGUCAUUCUGAAACCUGCACUAACUGGCAUUCAAAUUUCUGAAAGUGAAAGCAACCUUGCCUCAAUGCUAGAUUCUCGUGAUGUUUCCAAUUACAAAGGUCCUUCAGUGAGAGUUGGUUCACAUUUUUCUCUUACAGAGAUAAAAAGAAAAUUGAAACAUGCCAUGGGAAAGGAGAGGCAUGGAAACCCUGAAGUAAUCCCACGAAAGCUCCCUGUUGAACGUCAAAAUAAGUUGGCAAGAGGCAAAUGCAAAGAUAAUACUGGAAUGAGAUCUCCUAAUAAAGACCAUUUCUUCAUUGAAAAGAUUGCUAGACCAAUGUUUGAUGUCAUGAAGGGAAACAAGACUGAUACACUGAAGGACUCUGAAAUGAUCGUAGAACAAGAAAGUGGUAUUCCCAAGCUUAGUGCUUCUAGCUUAUAUGUUGAGGCAAGGAAACAUCUGUGUGAGAUGUUAGAUAAUGGUGAUGAAAACACGAACAUUUCAAGCAGGCAGAUUCCCAAAACCCUUGGGAGAAUACUUUCUUUUCCCGAGUACAACUUUUCACCUGUAGAAAGUCCUGGAAGGGAUUUUGAGCAUCAUUCUGUGACUGCACAGGCAAUAUCUUCUCCCUCUGGAAAAACUAGGGAAGUUAGUGAGGAUAUUUCCUCCCCAGAACCAGCAACCUCAGUUGGUUUUCCAGCUCAGGAAACUAACAAUUCAGAAGAGAAGUCAUGCGUUUGUGAUGGAAUCUCUAAUAAUAAAGUACAAGAAAUUAAGCCAGUGUCAAAUUUCUCCAGUGAUGUUGGUCCUGUUGAUACAUUUGAAGUCUGUUGUCCUAUUAGAGAUGUGACAGUCACUGAAGACAAUGUUGAACCUGCAGAAGAGAAAAAUGGGUUGGAAUCAGAUCUGAAUGGCUUCAUCGUAGGACAGGACCAAAAAAUUGAUAUCUCAGAAACUCCUGAUGGUGCAAAAUGUUCUGGAUGUUUGAAUCAGGAUGAGGAUAUAACAGAAGAGAACCAACUAUCAUCUCUACCGACAUCUCCUCACUCUUUGAUCUCUAAGAAAAAUGAAGAGGUGGAAUGCGGUAUAGAUUUAUCUGGGGGACCGAGUCCUGUAUCUGUUCUUGAUACAUCAUUUUCAGAUGAUGACUCUGGACACUCCAGAUGUCAACCUGUUAACUUACAAGUACAACCUCUACAAAUUCAAUUUGAAGAACACGAGUCUUCACCAGCUGAAGAAUUUGACACAGGAAAAUAUAGUUUUGGAGAAAAUGAAUUGAUAUAUGACUACAUCAAAGUUGUCUUGCAUGCCUCUGGUUUGACAAGAGAUCAGUUGUUGGUGAAAUGCCUUACCUCUGACAAAAUACUAGAUCCUUCCCUCUUUGAUCAGGUAGAGUUCUUCUCCAACCUGCUUUGCCACGACCAGAAGCUCCUAUUUGAAUCUAUCAAUGAGGUCCUGAUGGAGGUUUGUCAGCAUUAUUUUGGGGUCUCACCUGGUGUCUCAUUAGCAAACCCUUGCAUGAGGGCAGCACCAAGUAUGAAAAGGCUUACUUUCAAGGUCUGGGAAGGAGUGUGCUGGCAUGUCCUUCCCUUGCCCCCACCACGCACUUUAGAGCAAAUUGUUAGGAAAGACAUGGCAAGAAGGGGAACUUGGAUGGACCUUGAACUUGAUGCUGAAACAAUUGGUUUUGAAAUGGGGGAGGCCAUUCUUACUGAACUGAUGGAAGACACAAUUUUGAGUCUUGUGAGUGAAAGUUCAGUAAGUAUUUAAUUUGAGUUGAAGGACAAUUAUAGCAACUUCCAUUUGUAAAGGACUACUCACUGUCUUCUGAUCAUACAAAGUUUAAAGGAAUUCCUAUGUGUGAGGUGGAAGGGAAGCAAAGAGGGGAUAGGAAUUGAUUAACAAGAACACUGGAGAGUUAUAGAGUUCUUCAAAGCAUAAUUGGGACUUUGGUACUGUUUCUUUUCAGCCUACCAGACUAAUUUGAUAUUUCAUAAUAUAUUGUGAAUGAGGAUACUCAAAUAAGGAACAAGAAGUAAAUGGGGAGCCAUUGGCAGUUGCUUCUUGCAAAAGUGAAAAAUCUAGGCUUAUUUACUAUGACAAACAAAGCAACAGUCUUGUUGAGGUGUGUGACUCACUUAACCCAUUGAAGGGUCAAAGGUGUUUGAUUGUAGAUUUUGUAAAGUUUGAUUUGCUGAUCCCAUUAGAAGGCGUGUUAUAAUUUUGUUUGUAUCAUCUUUUGUAUAUUUGCUUUUUGCUUAACCUAUUGAUUUCACGAACUUAUAAAAUAAUGUACACUCAGCUUUUUGUGGUUUGCAAGGAAACUGAGCAGAAAUAUGAACCACAUGUGACAACAAAAAAAUUAGGAAGCUGUCUGUGAAUUAUUAUUGUUCUUGCUUUUGCUUC